GUUAGAUGUUAUCUUGAGGAUGCGAAAUGAUGCAACAAAUAUUGCUAUUGUUUGUAACUAUCACCGUCGGCUAUAACGGUGUAUCUGGAGCGACUGAUCCAUGCUUCUCAUAUAUAUCACUAAAUGAUUCAACACGUUUAACGUCAUACACACUGAAGAAUGGAGAAAGCGAGUUAUCGGACGCUUUCCUUACGACAGGCUGGUACCGAAAUGUUCACAGAUCGGAUGGGGACCUAAUGACAACAUGUCCAAAUCAGACAGAUUGCGGCACAAUUUUUCCAGUGUGGAUAAAUGGAACAUUGCCUAGUAAAGGUAAAAUCGAAACUGUACAGGCAUGCAAGCAUACAUUCGUUGGGUGCUGUGGAUCGUCUUCAACCAUUCAAGUAAAGAGAUGUGACGGCUUUUACGUGUAUAACCUACAUCCAAUGAAGGCAAGCACAGGGCGGUACUGUUUCCGUGGUUCACGGAGGUGCACAGGAUCAGAAUCGUCCCUAACAGGCUAUGCUCCUUGCUCAUCAAGCCACCUUAGCUUCAGAGUAGCACCACGAGUUUCGCCUGGUCUUACAAACAACCCAGGCCAACGACACUUAAAAUUUACAUGUGCAGGUGUAUCAUCGAUGUAUCGAAGUCUGCAAUUCGACGUUGUGUGGGAAGUUGAGGGCACAGAAGUGAAUCGCAAGUUGAACUUGUCAUAUUCUUCACUUCUUACUGAUGGGAGGUUAAUCGAAAGGGAAUGGAAUGUAACUGGCCAAAACAUAGGAAUGCAUGUGAGAUGUGCCAUUCGCGCCCACAACACACACUCUUCUACGGCAUUUUAUUACAGUCAAAAGUUCUACGCCGGAUUUGAGAUAAGGCAACCACGGAUCACAGUGAAUAGCGGAGAUACUGCAGUCGUCGGAAUCCGAACGACUGUCCCGAUAGCUUGCCCUUCUAUUCGUCCCCAUUGCACGAUAUACAUAGAAAUGUUUGAUCUGUCUGAACAGCUGCCAAGGAACACGCAGUGCAACAGAAAUAUGACAAAGCUGGAUCAUCACAAUCAUUCUCAUUGCGGUGUUAAGUUUGACGGCUUCCGCUGGCGUACUUACCAAAAUAUGGUCAUAUCUGCUUUAGCUGACCAACAAUAUAGAUCACAGUAUACAGCGAUCCUAAAAUUACGUACUCUUCAGAACGAUUAUGACAGUCUUUGGAACAAUUUCGUAUUGCCAGAUAUAAAAGUAGUAAUAACAGAUCCGGGUGUUGCGUCAAAGAAAGGACACGUUUGCAAGUCCAUUACAGAUCCACAUAUAAAACAGUUUGACAGUACUUCAUAUUAUGGUCGUCAGUUUGCUUCUAUUGGAGAAUAUAUCUUGUACAAAAACAAAGAAAAGCCAUAUUCAGUACAAACUAUUUCAACAAACAUAACAGAUUUUGGAAACUGUGCCGUUGGAGUUCAGGCGGGAGCCGAUAUAUUUAUUAUAUACGGAUGUGAAUAUCCCGGUAAAUGGGUAUUCAAAAGGUAUUGCAGCAAAGACACAAAUCGACUAGAUAUCUAUGAGAAGGACAAUGGACGCAAUUAUGAAGUACAUCUACCCUCUGGUACCUAUAUAGUAAUCAAGAUAAGUCCAAUUUACCAGUCACAUUAUCUCGAUGUAGAGAUUCACAUAUCGCCAUCUGAAUGGAACAAAACAGAGGGAUUGUGCGGUACAUUUAACGGGAACCGAUAUGACGACCGAAUAGAUAGAUCUGGAAAAACUGUAUCCAGUGAUGAGCAGUUUACCAAAGCCUGGAGUGUUUCCCCAACGGAGAGCAUGUUUGUUGAAAAGUCGAGGACCGCAAAACUGGACAGACCAUAUUAUUUUUGUUCUUGUAAUAAUGUGAUAGGCACAGAUUUUCAUCAAUCUGCGACUUGUUCAUGGAGAGAAGGGCUGCCUCUAUGUCCCUCUUUGAACUGGAAUGAACAGGAAUGUUCAUAUCGUAGCAAAAGGGAUGCCGAUGGACUAAUUGAUGAUACUGAAAUCGAUGCACCGUUGAGUCUUGUAGCCUAUCAACCUCCACCUUCAAAUCUAGCAGAAUGGAAAAAUGGAUGGAACAGAACGUCUGCUACAGAAUACUGCACACGAAUUAUAACAGGAAGCAGUGCAUUUGCAGCAUGCAAACGGCAUACAACUGUUAAUGACUCUGACAGCAUUUCUAUAUGUAUUAGUGACAUACAGAUAACGGGACAUACUAAGUUCUCUUCGGGAGCGGUUGAGUCGUUCAAGUCGACAUGUAGCAACGAGGUACGACUCAACACAAGUCUCUGGACAUCUUCCACUCAAGGCCAUAUAUCACCAGCAGAAGAGGUCAUGGCUAUGCAAUGUCCAAACGAUUGUAAACAGGAAAAUGUGGCUCGUGGAACUUGUGUACAAGGAACCUGCCAAUGCUUCAACAGAUAUACUGGACCCGAUUGUUCUAUAGACAUUAACGCAAGUCCUGUCUUAUACCCUCCAACCAGCAACAACCUAUGCGACCGAUCCAAGGCCAGCUGUGGAGGGGUAUCGCUAUUCGGGUCAAAUUUUGAUCACAGUUCAGACAUGAAAUGCAAAAUACAAGUUAUGAAGUCUGGUAAUGAUGCAGAUACGACUACUGUUGAUACCGUGUCAACAAUCGGGGCAAUUAAGAAAUCUUUCAGCGAGGUGUUAUGUCCCCUUGGCAAUGUAAGGAAGCGGCGAUCUGGUAGUUCCUCUCUGUCUAGGUACACUCAGCUUAUGGUUUCUGUGUCCAAUAACGCCAAUAACUACAGUGCUCCUGUACCAGUGGUCAUCUACGACUCGACAUGCAUGAUGUGCACGAUGCCUGGUGGGCGCAUAGUAUGCAAGCAAAGGAACGAUAUCUGCGUGACUGGAGAUGUCUGCUACUCUCUCAGCUCGGAAAAGUGUCGCAACAAUAAAAAGCACGACGACGAUGACGGCGAUGAUAAAGAAGACGAUCACAACAAUGACAAGAACUCUAAUAUGUGGAUCAUCGGAGCCGUCCUAGGAGGCUUGGCUCUCAUUGCAAUUAUUGGAGGAGUCCUGUAUAAAUUUUGCGUCAAGUCAAAGAUGCAUGUUCAUGAUCAGUAUAUUGGGGAAACCUACGAAGAUCUGCAUGUGUAUUCCAACCCUCCAGCUGCCACCCAUUACAAGAAAUAAAAUAAGUUCAAAUUGUCGUUUCCAAAGAACUGAGAAUAUUCAAUUGGUGAUAGUUUACCAGAAACUCUUUGGUCUAUAUGUACUCAGUGUAUAUAUACCUAUAAACAGGAUGCAAGGUAUGCAUUGACGGCCGUGAUAGUUCGCUAUGUUGUCGUUACAAUCAAUUUGAAUUGACAAUUCCCUGAUGAUAUAGUGCCUGGAUUCAGGUUCAUAAACGAUAGUUGAAUCACAAGAUGUUUGUGCUAUUUGAACCAGUUAAUCCAUACUGGACGAUUUGUGAAUAUGAAAACUAUAAGUAUAUCUUAGAUAGUUGUAUUAGAAUAGCAAAUUGUUAUAUUAGAUAUAGAUUCAUAUAAAAACCAAAUAGGUUAGCUCAGUUGAUCGUUUCACGAAUUAGCUUGUCCUUUUCCAGUGUCUAAAAUAAUAAUUAGUUUUCUCGUUUUCUUUCUGUAGCAUAUUUAUUAUUCUCUUUAAAGACCCUUUGAAUAGAACAUGUCAAUUCUUGCUAGAAUGAACGUAAUCAUACUAUCAAAUAUAAUUACAUUUUAAAUUAAAACAAAAAUCCCUAGUGGAAUAUUAAAAUUCCUAAAUUCGUUUUUUUGUGUUAUAUUCCUCAGGAAUAUUGUAAUAUGCAUAUACUGUGCGCUUAGUUUACAUUCCAUCGACAAUGAAAGAUUAUUUACAUGUCUUUCUACUCGGUUUGUUUUUGUUUUUGUGCGCUUAGUUAAAUAAUAUAACCCAGUAUUUUAAAAUAGAUUUAUUUUCAUAUGCAGUUAUUGGAUGAAACAGUUGUUUUAACGUUUGAAGCAACAUAAUUACGCGUAGAUAGAUUUCCAUACAGAUUGAUACAUAUAUUUGUAUAUAUGUAUGCAUAUAAAUUAGUUCCGCUCAGCGUUUGCCUCAAUUUAGAUCGUGAAGUAAUGACUAUA